GCACGCCAAGACUAGACACACUCUAAGUUACAAAGCUAAAAAAUUUCAAUAUUGGAUAAGAAAAUCAUCAAAAAAAUGGAGCCUAGCAUUUGUGGCAAAGCAAACAUUCCUUGUUUGUAUUAUGUUUACUUGUCUCCUCAACACCUUACACCACUACUCACACUUACACACUCACAUAUCUUUGUUCUUAUAUUCUCUCAUCAUCACUACUUUACUCUUUCAUUGUGGUUAUGAAGUCCCCCACAUCACAAACAAAACUAUCAUUCAUGCUUUGCACAUGAACCACUUUCUCACAUUGAUUUAUAGUCAAGUUCUAUAGUUCUAAACCUCUCAUCUCUAAGUAAAUUACACAUCAAGAAAUUUUUCCAAUAUGGAAAUGAAAAAGAGAGAAUGUGAGAGAGAAACCAAAGUGGAAGAGUUAAAUGAAGAUAGUAUAUACACUAUAAUGUUCACAUUAGGCACAUUUUUUGUAAUGGUGUGUCUUAAGAGUUUCUUAGUUGAAAAGUGGCGAGCUUAUGUGUUUCUCAUCCUCAAUGUUAUUCUAUUAGCAAUUCUUUUCAUGUCUAUGAAGCCAUGCUAUUGGAGUAGUAAAAGUUUAGAAAGUGAAAGCAAUGUUGAAGAAGUGAAAAAUGAAAACAAAGAGAAGGAAAGGGUGUGUCAUGAAAAUUUUCAAGAAAUUGAAGAAAAUAAAGAAUGUUACAUAAAACAAUGUUGUACUAGUAUUAAUACUAGUACUAGUAUUCAUCAUGUUAAUGUUGAGAAUGAGAUUGAGAUUGAAGAGGAGGAAGAUGAAGAUGAUGAAAAUGUGCCAAUGUUGUCUAAGGAAGAAUUGAAUGAAAGAGUUGAAGCUUUCAUAGCUAUGUUUAGGAAGCAUUUGAUUUCAGAUGUUAAACAAGCUGAGAAUUUUAAGCUCCAAAAAACAUCAAACUUGACAUCAAAAUUUGAAGUUCCUUGUUGUUGAGGCUUAGGUUCUAAAGAGAGCUAUAAACUAUUUUUUGUUAUGUUUUUAUUAUAUUAUUAUAUUGUUCUAAAUGAUUAAGGAUGUUCUUUUGCUACUACAUUGUUAUGAUUGAUGCAAUUUGGAGGCAUGUUUUUUGCAUUAUAAUAUCUUACUUCUCUCAUUAGUA